CCGCCCCGCGGCCCCGCUCGGCCUCGCGCGCUCGGAAGGGAGUCGCGAGACGUCGGAGCGGCGGCCACGUAGCGCUGCGGCGGCGGCGGCCGAGGCCGGGUCUGAGGAGCGGCCCAGAGCGCAGACGUUGGGCAGGGGGAGGGGCCGGCCCGGCGGGCGGUGGGGACUGGAGCGACGCGGCUCGGCGACAGGCCCCCGCCGCAGGGAUGGGCCGCCGAAGCGGCGGCGGCGGCGGCGGCGGCGGCCCGGAUAAGAUGUUCCAAGUUCCUUGUAGCUGUCUUCGGAAGAAAAUCAGGAGUGCUCUCUGCUCUUGCCAUAAGAACAGCCCUGUUUGACCCGCACGUUGGUGUUGUGACACUGGAAGAAUUGCACACAGGCUCCAGGAGUUUCUUGUUUUCACUUGAGGGGGGUUAGUUCUCUGUGGAUGGAGAAAGAUUUGAGUCUUAAUUGCUCUGUUUUCAAGUUUUUCUCUAUAGUUGGAACUCUGUAGUCAGAACUCACUUCCCAAUGAGCUACCCAGCCAGUCCUUGUCAGGAGCUGGCUGAGAACUGUGCAGCACAUGCCACAGGAAUGGCCCAGGAAGAGAGCUGUCGGAGUCAGGCCCCACCCGCCUUCUACCAUGGUGCCAGCCAGGAGCUUGACCUGUCCACCAAAGUGUACAAAAGGGAGUCUGGAAGCCCUUAUUCUGUGCUAGUGGACACCAAGAUGAGCAAACCACAUCUGCACGAGACCGAGGAACAGCCAUAUUUCAGGGAGACAAGGGCGGUGUCUGAUGUGCACACUGUCAAGGAAGACCGGGAGAAUUCUGAUGACACGGAAGAGGAGGAGGAAGUCUCAUACAAAAGGGAGCAGAUCAUAGUGGAGGUAAACCUUAAUAAUCAAACAUUAAAUGUAUCUAAAGGGGAAAAGGGUGUCUCUUCUCAGUCCAAAGAGACUCCUGUUCUUAAGACAAGCAGCGAGGAAGGAGAGGAAGAGAGUGAGGAGGAGGCCACAGAUGACAGCAAUGACUACGGAGAGAACGAACGGCAGAAGAAAAAGGAGAAGCGAGUGGAGAAAGUCAGGGUUACACAAAGGCGAACCCGAAGAACGGCCUCUGUUGCCGCAGCUGCCACUUCCCCUACACCUCGCACAACUCGAGGCCGGAGGAAGAGUGCAGAGCUACCCAAGCGGAAGAAGCGGGCCACCAAGGAGCCCAAAGCGCCAGUCCAGAAAGCUAAGUGUGAAGAAAAAGAGACCCUGACCUGUGAGAAGUGCCCCAGGGUCUUCAAUACGCGCUGGUACCUGGAGAAGCACAUGAACGUCACUCACAGGCGCAUGCAGAUCUGUGAUAAAUGUGGCAAGAAGUUUGUGCUGGAGAGUGAGCUGUCCCUUCACCAGCAAACAGACUGUGAAAAAAACAUUCAGUGCGUUUCCUGUAACAAAUCCUUCAAGAAACUCUGGUCCCUUCAUGAACAUAUCAAGAUUGUUCACGGAUAUGCAGAAAAAAAAUUUGCCUGUGAGAUUUGUGAGAAGAAGUUCUAUACCAUGGCUCAUGUGCGGAAACACAUGGUCGCACACACAAAAGACAUGCCAUUUACAUGUGAAACGUGUGGAAAGUCUUUCAAACGGAGCAUGUCACUCAAGGUGCACUCCUUGCAGCAUUCUGGAGAGAAACCCUUCAGAUGUGAGAACUGUGAUGAGAGGUUCCAGUACAAGUACCAGCUCCGCUCCCACAUGAGCAUCCACAUUGGGCACAAACAGUUCAUGUGCCAGUGGUGUGGCAAGGACUUUAACAUGAAGCAGUACUUUGAUGAACACAUGAAGACGCACACUGGAGAGAAACCUUUUAUCUGUGAGAUCUGCGGCAAAAGCUUCACCAGUCGACCCAACAUGAAGAGGCACCGCCGAACUCACACAGGCGAGAAGCCUUACCCCUGUGAUGUGUGUGGCCAGCGGUUCCGCUUCUCCAACAUGCUGAAGGCCCACAAGGAGAAGUGCUUCCGAGUGACCAGCCCAGUGAACGUGCCACCAGCUGUCCAGAUCCCUCUGGCCUCAGCGCCAGCUGCUCCCACUCCAGCUGUGGCCAACACUCCCACGAGCCCAGCCCCUGCAGUCAGUAUGAACCCCGCGGGUGGUGCGCUUCCCUCGCGGCCCGUCCCGCACCCGUUCUCGCACCUGCACAUCCACCCACACCCUCACCAUGCGCACCACCUCCCCAUCCCACCCGUGCCUCACCUGCCCCCACCUCCAGCCCUCUUCAAGAGUGAGCCCCUAAACCACAGAGGCCAGAGUGAGGACAGCUUCCUGAGGCACCUGGCAGAGAAGAACAGCGCUGCCCCAGCUCAGCAUCAUUAGCGCCAGCUGGAGUGACGUCCCCACGGUGAGUCGGCAGGAGGGGUGCAGCUGUGCUUCUCUGGGGUCUCCUUGUCUCCAUGGCCGCCUUCAGGGCCGUCACCAUUGUCCUGGCGGACCAUCAGCCUGACCCGAGGGAGUGAACAAGAAGACUGCCCUGGAAACCAGGGCAACCACCAAACUAAAGCCCAAUUUGCUUGCAUUUUCUGAUGACUUUUAUAAAUUUCAGAUACUCAGACUGUGGGAUUUUAUAAUUUCAUAUCAGCGGAUGAGGUAUGCUUGCUUUCAUAUCCUGGUCUUCUCCUCAAAGAGGGGACAGGCCUGGUUUCGUUUUUACUAAUCGGGAAGGCUGUGAGAUUAAUCCGGAGCAUUAAUGUAUCACUGUGUAUUGUAAUGAAUUCUCUUCAGCUUCUGGUGCUGGCUGGCUGCAGUAGAGCUGGCCACGUUCCACACAAUAUCAAGCAUUAUAGAGAAGAUGGGAUUUUCUUCUUUGUGUAGCUCUUAACACACUCUUUAUUUUACUACAGAAAUUAUUUUAGAGUUUUUGUAUAGACUUUAGUAGUCUGUUUCUAAAAUGAAAUGUAUUUCAAUAAGCUGUGUAAUUUUUUCAGUGUAGCUAAACCCAUGUUGUAAAAUAGAUAAAUUUUUUUAUAAUCAUCAAAAUGUGAUUCUUAAAGAUGCAUAUAAUAAUUUCUAUUUCAAAUUUAUUCUUACAUCUUACAUACAACUCAAAGGUGCUUCUGAGACUGGGUGAAGGUCACCAGACCAGGUUACUACAAAAGCAAGAUUCAUAAGUACUCAGUAACUUGAAAAUCUUUGCUGGGCAUUCAGUCCAUCAGACUUACUGACACGCUCCAUCCUUACUGUUCCCUUGACUCCUCUAUAGAGUCAGUGGGGUGGUGUGCUGGAAUAGGGUCACCGAAAGCUUGCCUGGUUUGAAAAUCUGAGUAAUUGUGAGUGGCUUCAGAAGGAAGUGGCAGAGGUUUCCUUUUGAUCAAGUCUGUUUCUCACUUCUCUUAGGAACUGUGUCAUGCUCAGCUGUUAGGGGAAGAUAAAUUGCUGUGUUUUCCAAGAGUUGUUAGGAGAAGCUAAAAUGGUGAACUGAAAUCACAAACGUAAUUGCUGAUAGUGGCUGGGAAAUGUGGAUGAGAAGACAAAUUGGCCUUUUAAGUUUUAAAAUGUCUGCAGUCUCUAAAAUGUGGGUGUCCAGAACUGACUGCACGUGCCAUUUCAACUGUAGUGAGAGGAACCCCCCAGGGCUGCUGGCCAUCCUCUGCAGUAGGUGGGGUAGCAGCAUCCUAGGAGAGGAAGGAGCAACGCCCCUGCCUCUGCCUCUGGGCCACUCACUCAGUCAAGAUUUGGGAAACUUCCAGAGUAUGGUCACCCUGGAAUGUAUUAUACAGAAGGCUAAAGAGAAGGGCUGACAUACUGGUUUCAGUUACUGCAAAUGUGGGCAGCAGGGCUACCCAUUCUAUACUUCUUUACCUUGGAGACUGAGUUCCAAGAGUCACCACUUACCUUCCACUUCUCCUUUCUAAAAAAUCUCAAGAGUUCCCUCAUCUCUCUUUCCCCAGGCUCUUAAAUCAGAACCUUAGCUGUUAUUUAUUUAUCUUUGUUAUUAAAUGUGCAGAUAUGUGUCAUGCACUUUCUUUUCUGGCCACUUAACUCUGCAGUGGGAACACAUGAACUCUAGAUUGAGGUUAGGGUCUGCUUUUAAGUGUCACACUCUACAUUAGUGUUUUGGUUUAGUAUUUCUAGAUUUAUUCCAGUUUUACCAUUGUCUUCUAUAAUAUGUAGGAAAAAUAGUGUGCUGAGGCAGAACAGUAUCUCAAGACACACAUUUCCCCCAGUUCAAGGUAUAAAGUUUAAUGAAUGGUAGUUUUAAUAUUUGCAUACAUUCUUGCAGCCCCCACAUACCCAAGCCAAAUAAGGAAUCCAGUUCCUUGUUUCUGACUGUUUCUGGCUUUAGAGGCUCUCUGCUCACCUCCACCAUCUCCUUUGCAUCCCAUGGGCCGUCUGCAAAUCUACACUUUAAUGCAGACUUACCAAUAUUUCUUGGUCAAGCCUGUAAUAUUAAAAUAUUUUUGUCAAAAAGGUAUAAACUGUAGCUUAGUUAAUUGGUUAUAUCUUAUUUUGUACUAAAUAAUUUUACAAUAUUAGGCAUAUAUUCUGAAUUCUAGACUUGAGGCUGUUGAACCAACCAUUUUAUGGUUGUACUAUGAGUACUCAUUGAAAACUUCAGGUAGUCAGUUCUGAUUUUAUUCCAAUGACAAUAGCCAUAAGAAGCUGUCUGCUAUUAUCAGGAAUCCAGUAGUAGCUCAAUAACUACCACAAUCCUUAACAGGAGCAGGAAAAAGAGGAAUUAAAAAAUGAAUUAGCAUUGUCACACUGUAUAAUUCUUACUGAAAUGUAUUGUGGAACAAUCUAGAAAUGUCGUUUUUGUUUUUUGUUUUUUCCUGGAUAGGUAUAUCUUCCCUAACUUGGGAUUUGUAGGAACCCUGCUCUAAAAAGUGAAUCUCUUCAUUGCCAUGUAUGAAUAACGAGCAUAUACAUUAAUGAAUCCACACAGAAACGCUUCUGAGUGCAGGACCACAGAGUUAAGCCUUAAACAUGUAGGUGCAUUGGGCUUAACGUGCUGAAGACUCAAACUCAGGGUUGAAAUGCGCUUGGGAUCCACUGCAAGAUAAAAGUUGCGUUGUGUGGUGUGUUCUCCCACGAGUUCUGCAGAACCUGUUCAGUUCUUGUUAUCUGUUAUGAAAAAAGGCUGUGGAGGAGUUUGAGUUCUAGGCCCAUAUCUAUAUUUUGGUAUUGUAAAGAUAUAGGCCACAUUUCAGAAUAACAGAUAUUAAAUUGAGGCUUUCUCAUUGUCAUUUUAUACUAUCUUCAAAGGCCUGUAUCGUCACAAGGAUUGCUUUAUCUUCAAAUGGUUUUUAUCGUUGCAAGGAUUACUUAUUUACUUUUACAUGGACCAGGCUAGCUUCAAUCUCACAGCCCGAGUACUGAGUCUAAAGGAGUGAACCACAACAGCCAGCACCCAACAUCUUUUUGUUGUUGUCUUUUUUUUUCUUUCUUUCUUUUUUAUUUUUAUUUUAUUUUAUUUUUUUGAGAAAUGGUCUCACUACCUAAGCUGGCCUUGAACUCUCUAUGUGGACCAUGGUAGCCUCAAACCAAUGACUCCCCACCUCAACUUCCCAAGUGCUGCGAUUACAGAUGCCUGCUUCGCCCUGCCUGGCCCCCACAAGCACGUUUUUGAGUUGGCGUUACAUUUUUAGAGGUUGGGCUGUGCAUCUUUUGUUCUUUUCUCAUAGGUUUAUCAUUUGGAUACAAACUUUUUUAGCCUAAUGAAAGGCUGCUGCUCUCAAACUGAAUCAGGUAGGCAAAUGGGGAAGUCUCCACAUAAAACGUUAAUAAAGUUCAAGUAAACCUUUGAAAAUCAUUUCUAUGUACUGUCUUAGUAACCCUCUGACCAGUCCUUCAGCAUGGCCUUCUGGAGUUGCCCUGUCUAAGAACCUUGUCUGUUGGAAGUGUCUUUCUGAGCUUGACCCCCCCCCCACCACUGCUAACCAGAAGCAAACUCUGAAGCUUUGAAUUUUAACUUCUUGAAAUUUUUUCAGUUUUUAUUAUUGUUGAAUGGAUAUGUGUUUAUUAUUUUUAUGUGACUGGAAGAUUUAAAUCGUAAGACUAUGAAGUUAUGAAGUAGAGAAGUUCAUUGCCGGGUGUGGGAGAGAGAGAAAUAAACCCACAUACAUACACAUAUAUAUUAUAUAUGUGUAUAUACAUAUAUAUAUACAUAUAUGUAUAUUAAUUUCUCCCCUCUUACAGAUUUUGGUUAGGAAAACACACUAUAGUAGGUGAGUUUUUGUGUUAAAGAGAAAAACUAAAACUUGCAUUAAAAGAACCCCUAUUUUAGUUAAAGGGACCCUCUGUUUAAGCUACUGUAUGGGAAUGCCACUUUUGUUACUUUGAAUGGUCCGCAUAAUACGGAUUUUGACACUGUUCCAGAUUGUAUGUGGAACACGUCAUGAAUAGAGAGUGUGUUAGAUCUAACCAUUUUAACUUAAAAAAAAAAAAGCUGUGAUUCUUAAAACUCGAAGGCUGAGCAAAGAAUUAUCAGUCUUUUCUUUUUUUCUUAGUUUAAGUUAGAAAAUUUCCCCAAAGUUCUCUCUCUCCAUCCUUUUUUCUCUUUUUCAGGAAUAAAAGGUCACUGGCCAUUAGAAAUAGUGGCAUUGUUAUGCAAUAACAGCUCACUAGCCAGUCAGCUUCUGUCAUCUGUAGCACUCAUGGGAAGUAAUGCUGACCUUCCAACCCUGGAACUACCUCGAUAAAACAACCCAGAGAUCCUCGCAUACACUUUCUAUGGAAGCCAUAAAUGCUGUCAAUAUGUCCACCUUCACAGUUCUAUACUUUUAUACUCGAUAGACACUUUUUAUAGACUUAUAAUCAGACCUUUUCAUCUUAGAGAAUAGCUUUUGCAAGGCUCCAAGGAAAAUCAAAUUCCCUAAAUGUCCCAACUUUGAAACUCUAGCUUUGGUAAAUUUGUUUAAAGAACCAGAUGCCAUGUCAUUUUAAAAAAAUCAUAUGUUUAAAUCAAAACUGCUUUGCAGACUUAUAUAUUCUGAAAACAAAUUCCUUUUUCUUGUUCCCUAAGUUGAGGCCGUGUUGUGAUAAAGUGGGUCUAUCCCCCUGUUAACUCAGUAUUCCUGGUUGAUUCAUGCUUAGUGACAGUUUUCCUGGAGUGGUUCUAUUACUGUAGUACAGGCGUGAGUAGUACCUGUUUGUCUGGUUGGUCCCUGGCUGUCGUGCGCAGCUUUCAUCUCCAUCACUCUGCUCUCGAGUGCCUUCAAAAAGCCCAUGUCCUGGAACCUUCUCUCCCUGUUCUGGAUCCUACCUCUGAUUGUUUCAUUCUCCAUGAGUGUUGGAAUUCACCCCUAUUCCAAAGGGCUUAACUACAAAUUCACUAAAAUCUGGCCGAGGAUUGUAAACACAGCUGUGCUCUGUUCCCCGUGUCCCUGCUGAGUUACCCUUGUAGCUCCUCUGUAUCUUCCUCCCGCACAUGCCACCUCUAGUACUUGAGCCACCCUUGUCCUCACCCUCCGUCUAGUCUCUGUGUCAGCCAGGGUGUCUCUGGGCUACCUUUUCCUCGUCUGAAGUCUUCCUAGAUGCCUGCCCUCUGGAAUUAAAGGAAUACUGAAUGCUGCUGUGGCUGCACAUCCUCUCUUUCAUAAAUGUUUUUUACAGGGUUCCUUCUGUGAUCUUAGUUUAGUCAUAGGAAUUUAAAAGUGCCCAGGGUUUAACAAGAAUCCUUCAUUGACUUUUUUGUUUUGUUUUGGAUCAGCCACUCUCAUCCAGCCACCUGUCUCCUCACAAACCCUGGUUUAUUUUCAUUUCCAGUUGUCCUCGUAUAAGUCAUUUAAAAAGCAUAAUUGGUGUAUAAUAUAUGAAAGAUGUAAUAAAAAGGAAACGGAAGUGUGUUCUGCGUGUAGUAAUGUGCACUUCAUUGAUAAGAAUUACUGUAGCAACUGGCUGGCCUUUCACAUCCCAGAUUAAAGCUUGUGCUAUGUAAUAGGUUCAUUGUCCCCUCCUAAAGUGGAAACAGAUGAACUCUUUCAGAGAGAAAAUUGGAUUUUUUUGUAGGUAAAUAAACACUAAUGAAUAUUUUGACCUUAGUCAGAAUCUUUGCUUUCUGACUUAUAAUCUCUUGCCUCUUUCCUGAAAGUUAUUAGUACUGAGGCAUCCAGAAUGGGUAUCUGCAUGGAGGAGGAAUCCCAAAGGGCAGCUGUUGAUAAAUGUUUAAUACUUUUUGCCUGGAAACAGAUGGUGUUAAUUGGCGGGACAGUACCAAAUUGUGAGAAUUGGUUUGAUCAUACAGAAGACAAGACGUUUGAAUGCUUCCCUGCUGUUUAGAAUGAGAGCAGUGUGCAGGCCAUAAGAGGUAGACUCCGCUGUGGAGAUCGUUGACCCAUCGCUGAUCUAGACAGUCAGUCACUUCUUGAGAGCUGGAUGCCUUCAAGUACCCUCUUUGAAAUCAGCCACUUUUCUCUCCAGAGUCCCGGCAUUCAGAUAGUGCAGAGCCAUACUUACCAUCACUGGGAGGAACUACAUCCUUUGAAAAGGAUGGCUGUUUGUUUUAUGUGUUUGUUUAUUAGGGUACCUUUGGUCAGGUAUCAAAGCACGUUCUUGCCCCUCGGAGGUGUUCCCGUCGAUUAACUUCAGGUUACCUUCAUCCUAUUUGAGCGUCUCUGGUGAGAUCAGGAAUGUGACAGAUUACUUGAAAAUGAUUUUAUAGGAAAUGGAGAUGCUCAGAAAGGUCUGGAAGCUGGGUUUUGCUUACCGUCAAAAGGAAACCUAACACUUGUUUCUGCACACAGCCUCUCCAGUCUGCCUUACAGAAGGGGGCCAUGGAACCAGAAGCAGGGUCUUGCCCACACGCUGCAUAGGAUCUGACACUGCUUGUCAGCGUUGGAAGGUGUCUUUCCAUACAUGAUUACUCACUUUUAAGUAAAAAAGAAACAGUGUAGUGUGAUGUGUGUUUACUUAUCAAGUUAUAUCGUCAGAUAUGUGGCCUCAGAAAAUCAAAUGAACUAUUUUUCACAAAUUUAAAUGAGUAUUUUUUUCAUUUCUUGAGCUGAUUCUAUUCCAUCUGUUACAGUACUUGUUUUGACCAUAAGGGGGCGGUAAAGUACUUUCUUCUCAACUUUUAAGUCUCUUCUGGGAUAUCCCUUGGCUCACUGAUUGAAUUUGACUAAAUUCUCACAUUAUCACUAACUUCAGUAGCUGCUCAGGCCUCGUGAUGGAAGCAGAGAUUCCUGGGUCUGAGGUUCAUGUGGGCCAGGCAGCAUAAUCAUCCAGCCUUUGUUAAUGUUGGUGACAUGAGAUUGAAAGCUAGGCCCUCGUCACGAAGGAGCCUGUUUACUAAAUGCAGAGCUGAAGGGUGACCCUCUUCCCUGCGCCGUCACAUCUGUGACAGCAGUGGGGACCUCUGGAGGAUGUGUGGGCAUAUGUGCUCUCCCUUUGUCCGCUCCAAGUUGGUUUCUGUUAUGGGGAGGUCUCCCACAGCAGGCGCGCACACACACACACACACACACACACACACACACACACACACACACACACACACACACGCCUCCCCCCUCCCCCCAUCAGGACAGAAUGUUGGCCCAGCCUUCUCCAGUUCCUCCCUGGGAACUUAGCUCAUUGCACAUCCUCAGAUGAAUAGUUGAGUGUCCACCAGAGGAAACACCAGUCUGUGGGCAUUUACCCUGUAGGAUCAGAAAGCGCUUACCUGCGAAAGGGCGUCCGUUACUUAUUUCUUCCUGGUCCCUUUUCCCCAGCAAGACCCAAGAACCCAAUCCGUGCCAGACGCAUAGAGUAGGGCUCCUUGUCAUCCCAGCACUAGACAGAAGCAGAACAGAAGCAGUGACCAGGGUAGGCGGCAGGUGGCUUUCCCCAUAGUGCGAGGGCACUUGUGCGUUCUCAUUUCUUAAGAGUCCUUAGCCUUAGGUUUACAACGCUCGCUGUUGGAUGCUUGUCCAGAGGGCUGUGAGAAGAGAGAAGCUGCUUGGCCCCGCCCUGCCUGCAAGGUUGACGAUUGACGUCUAGAAGGAGGCAGUAUCUGCCUUCUGUCUCUGGAGAGAGAGGCACAGUUGAAAGUCAAGGCAGGUUGGGACUAGGUGAGGGAAGUGUUUGUCAUGCUGUAAAGAAGCCUUCAGGGGGCAGGGUGGGGGUGGCAGAUGGAUAGGACAGGAUCUCUUGAGAUGGGAAGGAUGGGAGUGGGGGGCUGCUUGGCCCAUGGUGGGCUCUGAACUGGCCCACAAUUCCUGGCUUCCCUGAGUCAUUUUUUCCCAGAAUCCUGUCAGAUCUCCUGGUGUGGUAAUUUUCUUCUUGUGUUAAGUAUACCAAUAUUAUUUUUUUAGCAAUUGAAAUGCACUUUUUUAUUUCAACUCAAUCAUGAUUUUAAGUAUAAAAAUUUAUAGAUUGUUAAAACUACUUUUUUGUGUAUUUUUAACCACUCAAUGUAGCAUUGUAUAUUUUAUUCUUAUUAAGACUCUGGUACAAGGUGUGCCAUUUAAUGAUUUUUUUCCCCAACAUGCUGGGCCUUUGGAUGUGUACGGUAACCAACUUCAUGCUAAUGUUCAAAGUAAAAAAAGAAGAAAAGUA